AAGAUCAUUUCUUAUCCCUUGACCCUUGGGCCCUUGGCGGAGUUUUCGUGGCCGCUUUGUUUUAGAGAUUAACCUUUUCAAAUCUUAUUGUAAGCAUUAAUAAAUAAAUAAAUACAAACAUAAAUAGAAGAUAUUCCGUAGCCUCGCAUUUGAAUUCAGACACCGAUACACACAACCAUGCCGACGCCGAACUCGCCGCCGCAACCGACGGCCGACUCCGACGCCGAGCAGGCCGGGCUGUGGGCUCAAAUCAAAGCCGAGGCGCGCCGCGACGCCGACGCCGAGCCGGCUCUCGCGAGUUACCUCUACUCAACGAUUCUCUCUCACUCGUCACUCGAGCGCUCUCUCGCUUUUCAUCUCGGUAACAAGCUCUGUUCCUCGACGCUCUUGUCUACGUUGCUUUACGAUCUCUUUUUGGAUACUUUUUCCAAUGAUGCUGAGCUACGCGCCGCCACGGUGGCUGAUCUACGCGCCGCCAGGCUCAGAGAUCCGGCGUGUGUCUCGUUCUCGCAUUGUUUGCUUAAUUACAAAGGCUUCUUAGCUAUACAGGCCCACCGAGUAGCUCACAAGCUCUGGUCUGAGUCUCGAAAACCACUUGCGCUUGCACUCCAAUCCCGAAUCUCUGAUGUAUUUGCUGUUGAUAUACACCCUGCUGCUACAAUUGGGAAGGGCGUACUGUUUGACCAUGCUACUGGAGUUGUGGUUGGUGAGACUGCUGUAAUUGGUAACAAUGUAUCAAUUCUCCAUCAUGUGACAUUGGGCGGGACUGGCAAGGCUGGAGGUGAUCGACACCCGAAGAUUGGUGAUGGGGUGCUAAUUGGAGCUGGAGCGACUAUAUUGGGGAAUGUGAUGAUUGGCGAGGGAGCAAAGAUUGGUGCUGGGUCGGUAGUUCUCAUUAACGUCCCACCUCGAACAACAGCUGUGGGGAAUCCAGCAAGACUGAUGGGAGGAAAGGAUCAUCCAUCACAGCACAAGGAUGUCCCUGGGGAAUCUAUGGAUCACACAUCUUUCAUGUCUCAGUGGUCUGACUACAUUAUCUAGUUUCAAGUGCUAAAGCCUGUAUAUACAUCAAUACCUACAGUAUCAUUUAUCUUAAGGUCUUAGUUGUCAUGGUUAAUUUGGAGAUAAUUUAGAUUGUAUUCCAUAAUGCAACUUCACAAAUGUUUUGUUUCUCUAUGAACUGCUGGGAGUGCAGAUAAUAUGGGAAGCCUCGAGCAGAUGCUGCCUUGUUUUCCUUUUGGAAAUUCAGAAUCUUUUCCAUUAAA